UUUCGCGUUGAAGUCCCGAACGAAGAUGAAGUCGUCGAUCGUCGUGCUACUGCUGAGUGUUGCUCUGGCCAGUGCCAUUUCCGGAAGACGAAAAAUCCAGUGUCGUCUGUUUCAAACGGGUGCAGAAUCCACCGUGGCUACGACCGCCCCGCCGCCGACAAUUGUACAAACCGUCCUGAACAACACCGAGUUCGAAACGAUAAUGAUGAAGCUGGACGCCCUGGACCUGCGAGUGGUCAAGGCAGAGCAUACGCUCUUGAGCACAGUGCAGUCGGUCGCAUCCGAUAUUGACAAUCUGGGUCAGAUAAUGGAGAAGUUGGCCUGGGUGACGAGUCAAACUGAGCUGUCCAGUGCCUUCGUAGAACAUCACGUGAAAGUGAUCCAAUUUAAUUUGACGGGCUUGCAGGGGGAUGUGCACGAUUUGCUGAGCAUUCAGCAGCGUCUGCCUACGAGGUCCUUCAUCGAGAACUCACUGGUCAAUCUGAAAUUCCAUCAACAGGAACCACCAUCUGAAGGAUCCGGUGAAAGUCCGGAGAAAAUAACGAAGAUGCUUGAGAACGUGUUGAUGGAUGAUCAUAUGUUUGAAUAUUGUGAUCAAUUGCCGGGAAGUAAAGACUCUGGAGUGUACAUGAUUUUACCGGAUGCAGAUUUUCGUGAACCAAUGAAAGUUUUCUGCAAUCAGACUUAUUCGGAUGGUGGUUGGACAGUGAUUCAACGGCGCUUCAACGGGACAGUCAACUUCUACAGAGAUUACAACGAGUAUGUGCGAGGAUUCGGGAAGCUGGAUGGAGGCGAGUUUUGGCUCGGAUUGGACAGAAUUAACCGGUUGACAUACUCAGCUCCGCAUGAGAUGGUCGUCGUUCUGGAGGACUGGGAAGGGGAGAGUCGGUUUGCGAAGUAUGAGAACUUCGAGGUUGCCGGAGAAUUUGAGCAAUAUAAGGUGACAAAAUUAGAUGGCUACAAGGGUGAUGCAGGGGAUUCGAUGAACUUCACGCUGAAUGCCAAGUUCACAACAUUCGAUCGAGAUCAUGACACAAACGAGAAGAAAAACUGUGCGAUUAAGUACCAUGGUGCGUGGUGGUACAAGUCUUGUCAUUCAAGCAGUAACUUGAACGGAAAAUAUUUACGAGGCAACACGACCGAGUUUGGAGCCGGAAUGAAUUGGGAUACGUUUCAUGGCAUGAAAUAUGCUUUGAAAUCGUCAACUAUUAUGAUUCGCCGACGGUUGGAUCUGAUUCCGGCAGGGACCUUUAAGGAAAUCUAUCUCUUCGAAGACAGGACUCGCCCAGAAAUUUCACAAGAUGGAUACAUUGAAGCAACGAAUAGUCUUACAAAUAUCGAGGAUAUUUCUGUACCUAUCAAAUAAAAAAAAAAUGGUUCUUUAACUGAUA